UCUUUUGUCUUCUCCGUCCUCCGCUUCUUCUCCUCUUGAAAAUUGACUUUUCUUUUCGCGGCGGUUCUGUUCCUUACCGGCAAAAGUACACGGAACGUAACAUGUUGGGUACUUUUAAAAAGAUACUGCCACUAGAGGCUCCUCCUGCUGACGGUAAUCUAGGACCGCUUCCUCCGUCGCAAAUCACGGAUGGAGAAAUGGAAGAGAAGGAGUUGCAAGCAGAGCAAAACAAUUCAAAUCAAGCUCCGGUGGUGGUUACUGUUGAUACUCACACGAAUCCUAUCGGGAUCAUCUAUCCACCUAAAGGCAUAAAAGAUAUCAUCGAGAGAACGGCUCUGUUUGUUUCCAAAUUGGGGUUGGUGUUUGAAAACAAGGUUAAAGCCGAGAAAGCGAGUAAAGUUAAUUUUAAUUUUCUGAAAAACGAUGAUCCUUAUCACGCCUUUUACCUGCACAAGCUCUCUGAGUACUCUGCUCAGAAACAAGACGGAGCUACUCAGAUUACUAUUUCGGAAGAUCCUGAAGCAUGCGAUGCAGUACCUGACCCUCAGGCUCCAUUCAGGGUUCCUCCUAAGCCUUUAGAAGAACCUGAACCUCUCAAGUAUACAGUUCGAAUUCCUAUAGGGAUCAUGGACGAGGAGCUUGAUAUUGUUAAGCAUACAGCGCAGUUUGUGGCGCGGAAUGGGGAAACCUUUUUAAGGGAUUUGAUGAGUAGAGAGAUGAGCAAUCCUCAGUUUCAGUUUUUGAAGCCAACUCAUAGCAUGUUCACUUUUUUCACUUCUCUGGUUGAUUCGUAUUCUCAAGUAUUAAUGCCACCCAAAGAUUUUAAAGAAAAGCUGAGAAAGAGUGCUGCUGAUUUGACUACCAUUCUUGAGCGUUGCUUAAAUCGUCUUGAAUGGGAUCGUUCCCAGGAGCUACAGAGGAAAAAAGAAGAAGACGAGGAAGAGAAGGAGAAUGUGCAGAUGGCUAUGAUCGAUUGGCAUGAUUUUUCGGUUGUUGAGUUAAUAUAUUUUGCGGACGAGGAAGAUGAGGAGUUGCCACCAUCUAUGACACUUGAUGAGGUUAUAACAAGCAGCAAAGCAUCGGUAAUGGAAGAAGAUGAAGUUGUUGAGUCUGCAGGAAAGGAGGAAGAAAUGGAAAUGGAUGAAGAAGAAGUUAAACUUGUUGUAGAAGGGAUGAGAGCAGCGAACCUUGAAGAGAAUGGUUGCUCUAUGCAGGUUGAAAAUGCACCUAUGAGGAUUGUUAAGAACUGGAAGAGGCCAGAAGAUAGGAUCACGACUGAGAGAGAUCCAACUAAAGUUGUUAUAUCACCAAUUACUGGCGAGUUGAUUCCCAUUUACGAGAUGUCUGAGCACAUGCGGAUUUCUCUUAUCGAUCCUAAGUUUAAAGAGCAGAAGGAUCGAAUGUUUGCUAAGAUUCGUGAGACCACACUUGCACAAGAUGAUGAGAUUGCGAAAAACAUUGUCGGGUUGGCCCGCCUGCGUCCUGAUAUAUUUGGAACUACCGAAGAAGAAGUCUCAAAUGCUGUAAAAGCAGAGAUUGAGAAGAAGAAAGAUGAGCAGCUGAAGCAAGUAAUAUGGGAUGGUCACACUGGAAGUAUCGGUCGCACAGCAAACCAAGCCUUGACUCAGAACAGUAAUGGUGAUGUGCGAGGUGAUGGUGUUUAUGGAGAUCCUAAUAGCUUCCCUGGUCCAGCUGCUCUUCCUCCUCCUCGACCAGGUGUCCCAAGAGUCCAGCCACUGCCACCACUUCCUAAUCUCGCCUUGAACCUCCCUCGCCCUCUUCCUACUGUUCAGUACCCAGGUGCACUGAGGCCACUUGGUGCUCCAAUGAUGCAGCCAAUACAUCAGCAACACCAGCUCUCGAUGCCCUGGCCACCUGGACACCCUUUGAUGAUGAUGAACCGACCAACACAAAUACAGCCUGGUAUGCAUGUUCCCCCUCCACCAGGAUCUCAGUUUGCUCAUAUGCUAGUUCCUAGACCUUAUGAUCAGCUUCCACUGCCUUCAAUGGGGAUGAUGCAACAACUACCUAUGCCUGGGAUGUCUCCUGCAUCUCUUACUGAGGAGCCUGAGCCAAAGAGACAAAAGUUUGAGGAGUCAUCCCUUGUUCCUGAAGACCAGUUUCUUGCUCAUCAUCCGGGUUCGGCUAGAAUCAAGGUUUCUGUGCCAAACGGGGAUGAUAGGAAAGUCAUUGAGAUCACAGUGCAGUCGUUGUCCGAAAAUGUGGGAAGUUUGAAGGAGAAAAUAGCGGGGGAGACACAAACUCCUGCAAACAAACAGAAGUUAAGUGGGAAAUCUGGAUUCUUAAAGGACAACAUGUCACUUGCGCAUUACAAUGUGGAAGCAGGAGAAAUCCUAACACUGUCUUUGCGAGAACGUGGUGGGAGAAAGAGAUAGACACCGUUUGGUUGAUACAGGGAAAUGCUUUUGAACCUCUUAAUUCUUGUUCUUUAUUCGAUGUUUUUUGUUGGUGGCGAAAAGUAUUUGUACUGCUCUGUAGUCUCUAGUGCAGGCCUCAUUACCCUACUCGUCAUAUCUCUCUACUAUUACUGACUUGAGUUUGUUUUGGAUUUGCAGCUAGUUUUGGGGCAACGUUUUGCUCUGUAAACUUAAAAAUAACAUAUUUGAUACUCUGCUUUGUGCGUUGUUCACUUUGUUAAGCUUUUAAAUGAAAUCUUCUUCCUCUUCUUUGUAGGUACCAUAUGAGGAUGCCGCUUUGCUUGUUCCCACAUGUUGAUCAUUGUCGCAGGUAUGCACAUAAUUAGAAUAGCUAUGAUGUUAGGUGAAAGGUGAAACAUUGCGAACCUUGUAGGAUUUAAACAUGGGUAUUCUCUUCUGGUUAUAGAAAAAAGUUCUGUUCGACUCUGAUGCUGCCACCUCCAGAAACCAUAACUCUUGUGUCGUCUAAGUUCUGUUUACAAACACGAGUUCAGAGCAGAAUAUGAGAAACGGAUUAUAGAUAGUAGUAUCCAUAAUGCAAAUUUAACUUUGUAAGAUGCUCAGAUCAAGUUUUUGAUAGGGUUAGUAUACAAUUAGACUUGUUGAAGGGAUCACGAGCGAGUAGCUUGAUAUUAUCAAGGUCACAGUACAGUCAGAAUGGGAGAUCGUUUCGUCAAGGGAUUGAUCACGUCGUAAGAGUAUUCAGUUUUUUCACCGAUUUUGUUGAUGCAUUAACUUAUAUGGAACUAUUAAUGCCUCCCAAUAUUUUGGAGCUGAAUUAUAAGAGACUCGAGGAACGGUGCUUAUGCUUUCUGAAUUCCUUGCUCAUUAUUCAUAAAACCUAAA